AUGAGGAAUUGUUGAUCCGACGGAGCUGAACAUUUUUUAUAAGUUUACUUGUAUUACGGCUGCGUUGCACACCGCGAACAGUAUUUUAACGGCAAUCGUAAAGAAAAUGAAUAUCUACACGUCACAUCUCGACUUUCAAAAACCGUAAUAUGAAGCGUUUGAGGGUCAAAACUGUUGGCAACAAUUGCGUGGAAGACCAAAACCCCAGCAGGUUCGACGUGGCUUUGGUAGAAAACAGAACUGAUUCGGCCGAGAGAUGGUUAGAAGCACAGAUUUUGCCAAGCGAUACGCUGCAAGCCAUCGCAUUGAGGUUCAAUUGUUCGAUCGCCGUUUUAAAGAAGCUCAACAAAAUCGACAAGGACAACGAGAUUUUCGCUCGUAACGUGAUUCGCAUACCUGUUACACCUCAUUCAAUAUUGUUGGAAACGCUACCGAAAGUUCACACAAGCGGUAACAGUAGCCCCAGGAAUCUUACAAGCAGCUCGGAACAACAUCACAAUUCUACAAGUUGUGAUACUACGCUGGAUGAGAAACUUAUUGUAGCGGCCGUUAGCAGUGCAUCAUAUGAAACAAACAUCACGGUUGGAAGUCCAAAGUCUUCCGAAGAAAAUAGGGAAAUUGAUCGAGAAGACGAAUGCUACGGAUGCGACUUUGACGAUUCGCAUUCUCGGCAACCUUUGUUGAUUGAUGACGAAAACUUACCGCAACCACGAGCGCUACGGUUACCAGCUAACGAUUUUUCAUGCAAUGGAAGUGAUUGUGAUAUUUCAUGGAUAUGUCUGCUCGUUUUUAUUUUAGCUUUAUGCUUUGCUAUCCCACUUAUUUAUGUAGUAUAUAUAGCGGAACACAGGGAAAAAUUCCAUCACGGUAACUUUAGGGAUAAUCAUAGCAUACAAAUUUAACAACCAUAAACACUACUGAACAACCUUGCUGUUCAACAUCUUUUAUUGGAAAACGGUUCAAUAAAAAGUGCCUUUUGCAAUU